AUGCGUUCCAGUGACAAUAUAAAAAGAUACUUUAAACAUAAAUUGAAAUAGUACAUUCUAGUCUGUGAAAGGGAGGGACUACUUCUCCACUAUGAUAUCGAAAAUUUUUGUUCUAUUGUUCGCCAUAGUGUUGGCGGUUAUUGGUCAAACUACAAAACCCAUUUGUAAUAUUCGAUGUGGCACUCAGUAUGUGCCAGUUUGUGUGAAACAAGACGACGGAAUCGUACGCGAGUUCAAUAAUGCUUGUCUGCUAGCUUUGUACAACUGUCUGAAUCGUCAAAGCCUAAGACCGAAUGCAACAUGUGUUAAGGAUAUCGUUCGAGAAGCUGUGCAAGAUGCGUUGCGAAAGUCCCAAAGACUUCCAUCUGAUUCCAGUUUUCAAGGGCGAGCAAUUCGAGAUUUUGUUGACGCUCUAAGGAGAUUAAUUAGAAGUUUAUGAUUCAUUAAUUGGAUCAGUCAAGUAAAAUGAAUUGAUGUAGGCGAUAAUUAUUCGAAUUAACAAUUAAAUAAUUCAAGAAUUUAAGGCACAAUCGUUGCCGGUUCA